AUGGAGCUCCAAGAGCUUGGUAUAGCAGGAUUGAUGAUCACUUGUUUAGUUUGGGGUUUGAACAAAGUGUAUCUGAAAGUUUCUCUUCAUGUCAAACGUAAAGGAAUUGAUCUUCUUAUUGUUUUCCUUUAUAUUGAUGAUCUCUUGGUGACAGGAAACAAUGUGUUGCUGGUUGAAGAGUUUAAGAUGGAAAUGAUGCAAGUCUUUGAGAUGAUAGACCUGGGGCUGAUGUCAUACAUUUUGGGAAUGGAAAUCAAGCAAGGUUAUGAUGAAUUUUUUAUCUGCCAAAAGAAUGAUGCAGGAGAGAUACUAAAGAAACUCCAUAUGGAAAAUUGCAAGACGACAAGCACACCAAUGAAUCCAAAGGAGAAGCUAAGCAAAGAGGAUGGAACUAAUAAAAUUGAUGAAGGAAAGUUCAGAAGCUUGAUUAGAUGUUUGUUGUAUCUCAUUGCUACAAGGUCGGAUAUUCUAUUUGUUGCAAGUCUUUUACUUAGAUUUAUGUAUUGUGCUAUUGAAAUGCAUUUGCGAGCAGAAAAACAAUUAUAA